AGCUGAUAAUGAUGAGAUAAAAACAGACAGAGAAAUAGAAAGAGAGAGACCCCAAAGAGUUGAAGAAUAAGGAAAAGCAAAAACUAAAAAGAGAAAGAAGCUGGGAAAGAUAGAAAGGAAGAGAGAGAGAGAAAGUCAGUUCAGAGAGAUUCAUAAAUCUCCAAGUCUUAUCAAUUUCAAACCCAUACAUGUUUAUAUCUGUGAAGAUUAUCAACUGGGUCGUCUUCAAUUAUUCAAAAUAAACCAGAGAUAGGCAUUGAUUGUAUAUAUAUAUAUAUAGAGAGAGAGAGAGAGAGAGGAUCCCUUGAUGUGCUGGUAUCACUUACACGAAGUGGGUAUUGCUGAGUGACUCAGAGAGAGAGAGAGAGAGAGAGAGUCCCAAAUCCGCAAAUGGGAACCCCACCAGCAGAGGAGCUUCUGAGGAAGAUCCAAGACCUCGAAGCCGGCCAAGCCGACCUCAGGCAAGAGAUUUCAAAGCUCAAGCUCUCCGGCGAUGCCAAAUCCGAGCAACAACAGGCCCACCACCAGAGGUCCCACUCCGUGUCCCCACAGCGUUCGAACUUGGCCACCUCUGCGCCGCGAAGAAGAGGUGGCGCCGCCGGAUUGGACGCCGGAACGGGGGCUUGGAAGAAGGGUUCGGCUUCGUUUCGGCAUUCGUCGCCGCUGCAGAGGGAGAGCCGGAGCGGUGAGCCGGUGAAUGUUAGAAUUGGUGGUGGUGGUGGUUGUGGUGGUGGCGGUGGACCUUCGGCCGUGAAUUUUACUGAUAGGCAGUAUUUGAAUAUCUUGCAGUCUAUGGGACAGUCUGUGCAUAUAUUUGAUCUUAAUGGACGUAUAAUUUACUGGAACCGUACCGCUGAGAACCUGUAUGGUUAUUCAGCAGCAGAAGCACUAGGCCAGGAUGCCAUCGUGCUUCUAAUAGAUCCCCAGAACUUUGCUUUAGCAAAUAAUAUAGUACAACGCGUCCGCAUGGGAGAGAGCUGGACUGGGCAGAUUCCUGUCAAGAAGAAGACGGGGGAUAAGUUUUUAGCCGUUACAACCAGUACUCCAUUGUAUGAUGAUGAUGGUACUUUGGUUGGGAUUAUUUGUGUAUCGACUGAUUGGCAGCCCUUUCAAGAAAUGAGGGAUUCAUUGUCAGGUGUAAAGCACUCAGAACCAGAUUCAAGUGUUAGUCGGCCCCGAACUGGGGUCACAAUCACGAAUAAACUUGGUCUUGAUUCUCAGCAGCCUCUGCAAGUUGCAAUUGCAUCAAAAAUUUCUAAUUUGGCAUCCAAGGUGAGCAACAAAGUCAAGUCAAGAAUUCGGACGGGUGAGAAUAACACAGAUCAUGAAGGUGGGAGUGGAGAUAGUCACCAUUCUGAUCAUGGUUGGUCAGAUGCAGUUCUCUCUGACCAUAGGGAGGAUGCAACUUCGAGUGGAGCGAGCACACCCAGAGGAGAUAUAACUCCAUCUCCUUUUGGGGUAUUUUCUCACAGAGAGGAGAAGUCCCCUGGAAAAGCCUCCAGAGAUUCUGGGGAUGAGAGUGAAGGAAGACCUGCAAUUCACAAGAUCAUAACCUCCAAGGCGGAAGCAUGGAUUGGUAAGAAAGGGAUGUCAUGGCCAUGGAAAGGGAAUGAGCGAGAAGGUUCAGAGGCAAGGACUGCCCGUUUUGCAUGGCCCUGGUUGCAUAAUGAUCAAGAAAAGGAACCAGUUCAUCAGAAGAGUCCCUCUUUUGGGCCAAAACCAGAAAGCCAGGCGAGUGAAAGUAAUAGGCCUGGCAAUAAUGAGGCGCCGGGGUCCUGGUCCUCAUUUAAUGUUAACAGCACAAGCAGUGCCAGCAGCUGUGGAAGUACCAGCAGUAGUGCUGUUAAUAAGGUGGACGUGGAUUCUGACUGCUUGGAUUACGAAAUCUUGUGGGAGGACUUGACAAUUGGAGAACAAAUUGGGCAAGGUUCUUGUGGAACUGUAUAUCAUGGUCUGUGGUAUGGAUCAGAUGUUGCUGUCAAGGUAUUCUCCAAGCAAGAAUACACAGAUGAUGUAAUACUUUCCUUUAGACAAGAGGUAUCUCUUAUGAAAAGACUUCGCCAUCCAAAUGUUUUGCUCUUUAUGGGAGCUGUAACUUCACCUGAACAUCUCUGCAUUGUUACAGAGUUCCUUCCACGUGGAAGUUUGUUUCACUUAAUACAGAGGAACACAACCAAAUUAGAUUGGAGACAUCGGGUUCAUAUGGCUUUGGAUAUAGCCCGGGGCAUGAAUUAUCUUCACCAUUUCAAUCCACCAAUCAUUCAUCGAGAUUUGAAGUCAUCAAAUCUUCUAGUUGAUAGGAAUUGGACUGUCAAGGUUGGUGAUUUUGGUCUCUCACGUCUUAAGCAUGAAACAUAUCUCGCAACUACGACUGGGAAGGGAACGCCUCAAUGGAUGGCACCAGAAGUUCUUCGUAAUGAACCUUCAGAUGAGAAGUCUGAUGUAUAUAGCUAUGGGGUGAUAUUGUGGGAGCUUGCCACUGAGAAGAUCCCUUGGGAUAAUCUGAACUCAAUGCAGGUGAUUGGAGCUGUUGGGUUCAUGAACCAACAGCUAGAGAUUCCUAAGGAUGUGGAUCAACAGUGGGCUUCUAUAAUUGAAAGCUGCUGUAACAGAGAUCCAGCAUGCCGACCAACAUUCCAGGAACUCUUGCAAAAGCUUAGAGAGUUACAGAGACAGUAUGCCCUUCAAUUCAAGGCAGCCCGGUCUGCAGCCGUCGAUAGUGCCCAGAAGGAACCGUAGAUACAAACUCAUUGUUCUUUGGAUUUCACUGGCAAUGAUGCUGCCAGCAGCAAUUUUUGGGCAAACAUUUUGCACCCAAUACCGGUCCGCAUGUGGUGACCACAGAUUGCGAUGAUCAGCCCUGUGGCAUUGGAACCACAAAGUUGAAAUUCAGAAAAUCUUUGCUCACCCUUUAGCCAGAUGAAGAGAGAAAUAAGAGGAGAAAUAUUGGUUGUCAUCCAUGUGAAGCUACCAAAUUUUGGUGGUGAUAUAUAUGGGUUGGCUCUGUGAUGUUUGUUCAUUGCCAUUGGCUUGACGUCAAAAGAGAAUCUUCAUAAUGGUGCUGUGUUCUGGUCGGUAUCAUGUGACCCAACUUUGUGGUUUUAUGUAUGGAGAAUGUCAGAGCCACUUAAAACAAAAGGUUGUACAAAAAGAAAAUUACAGUUUUUAGGUUAGAGUUAAUUGAGUGCAAGCAGUGACUUUCUUCAUUUUUAUGAUUACCAGGAUUCGUAAAGAAUGUAAGCCAAAAGAGUUGGCAGAGCUGCAGAAGCUAAAGUUUAGAUGGGAUGUUGUCUUUGUUUUCACUCUAGCUGGGUCUCUGUUUUGCCUUGAGUAUCUCAAGUUGAGGGAGCAAAGACAGUCUAAUUUAUUGAAGGAAGACGACGCAAAUUCUCUCCA